GUAUGUGGACGAGUCUCUCACCUGAGAGUGUAGACAGAUGGUGUGGUGGAUGCUUUUUUGCAUCUCUAACACUGACCUGGGAUUGUGGACGGACAGCAUACAGGAAGCUUUUCUGUUUCUUCAUCUUUGACCUGGGAGUGUAGACGGUUAUUGUAGAGGAGCUUUCCUGUGUCUGUUAAUCAGACCUGGGAGUGUGGAAGCGCAGGGUAGAGGGAACGUUACUCUGUCUGCAACCCUGAUCUGGGAGUGGAGAGUGACCUUUGCUGUGUUACUAAACCUGACCUGGAAGUGUUGACCAACAGUGUAUGAGGACCUUUACUUUCUCUUUAAACCGCGCCUGUGAGUGUGGAUGCACAGUACAGAGGAUGAUUUACUAAGCUGGUGUCAAUCUAUUUGAAGUCUUGCAUGUUACCAUUAAACCUAUUUUUCUUCCUUUACGUUAAAGAUUGUGGAGAAAUCAUUGGAAGCAGUCAAUCUACAGCAAGGCAACGUGAACCUUCGGUAAGGAUCUCCAAAGAGCUCUCGGAAGGGGAGAAGUGUGCACGGAAGCAGCGCAACGGCGUUGUCAGACCUGCGAUCUUGAAAUUGACAGGGAAAUAUCUGGAUAAGACGCCUGGUUUGAGUUUACUCCUCACGAGGUUGGCUUCCCUUCUCUGGGAGCAUUUGUCUUCACGGAACAGUUCAACAACAAGUUUGAUGCCGGAAAGAAAAUACAAGAAAUGCACGUGGAGAGGGAUUUAAACUACUUACAGGGUCUCUGGGGCAGCGCUCUCGCAGACAAGAAAGCUAUUUGGGAAUGGAUCAAGGGAGAGUUGUGCAGAAUCUUAUACCAACCUCAAAUGGUUAGCAGUUCACCAGAAUCUGAGAAGAGCCACUGUGAACAUUGCUCUAGAAAAUUGAUGGAGAUUUUGGAAAUCAUGAAUGAAGGGGAGAAUUUUGAGGCAGCACUCAGGAAACUCGAUCUGGAGGAGACAGGGCUUUGCGGUUUAACAGAACACCAAAAAGGACCCUACGAAUAUUACUCUCAAAAAUUGAUAGGUAAUUUGGAAACCGUGAAUGAAGCGGAGAACAAAAACACAUUUGUCGAUGAAAAGCGGUGUUCCAUCCCGAGCAUCUUGAUCAAGACGGUGAGGGCUGUGUUAUCCUGGAAAUGGGGGGAAAAUUCUAACUUUGCCUAUCAUGACUCUCGCGUCAAAGAACUGAGUCCCAGAGGUUUGGAGCUGUAUAAGCAGGAAUAUCUUUACCUGAUAGACACCGGGCUGGAGAAUAAUUGUGCAUAUCCCCUGGUACUCAGGCAAGAGUGUAAAGUGGAUCUUGUGCUGUCAUUCGAUUUCAGUGGUGAUCCCUUCCUGACGCUGAACGAGACCGGGAAAUACUGCACCACAAAUCACAUCCCAUUCCCAGACUUGCCCUUGGAGCUGGAUAAACCGCCUCAUGAUUUUUAUGUGUUCACAAAGCCUGGAGCACCCACUGUCAUACACUUCCCUCUCUUUAAUGACUGUAACUGCAUAGACGGUGAGUGUGAGUGAGUGAGUCUGCGCAAGAGAGUGUGAGAGAGUAUGAUUGUGGGAGAGUUUGUUUGAAGUAUAUUGUGACAGAGAGUAUGUGAGAAAGUGUGAGUGAGAGAUAGCGUGUGCAAGUGAGUGGGAGAGAGUGUGUGCGAAAGCGUAUGAGUGAGAGUGUGCGUGAGCGUAUAUAAGAAUGUGUGUGUGCGUGUGAGUGUGUGAGAGAUUGUGAGAAAUCAUAUGACAAAGAGAAUUUGAGAGAGUUUGUUUGACAGAUGUGGGUGAGACAGGGUGUGUAACAGAUAGAGAGAGGGGGAGGGGGCUCUGCUCACAGGGACAAGCCCGGAGAAGAUGAUGGAUAAAUACGGAACUCAGAAGCUGAGUUACACCGGGGAGGAGUUUGACGAGUUGCUGGGAGCAGCAAGUCAGAACGUGAGCAAGAAUGUGGGGAAGAUCACAGAGCAAAUCACGGCCCUGGUCUGAGCACAGCUGACCUCUGUACUCCAGGUGUGGGCUUUCCAAAGCUGACCUCUGUACUCCAGAUGUGGGAUUCCCGAAGCUGACCUCUGUACUCCAGAUGUGGGCUUCCCAAAGCUGACCUCUGUACUCCAGGUGUGGCUUGCCCACAGCUGGACAGGGUAAAAUGUUCAUAACCUGUGAGUUAGAAGCCGUUUCUGUAACAAAUUGGAAAUAAAACUCAAA